AUGCCAAAAGGGGAAAGUGGUGCCCAGGUUCCAGCCUCGGAAGGGAGCACACUUGAACACAUGCCCAAUCAGGGUUCCGUUGGUCCACCUUCCCCAUCGUCUCGCUCCCCAAUCCCUCGCCCUCCGAUCCCUCAGGAAGGGCUUGUUGGUAACGGGCACAGAACGCCUCAGAUGGCCCAACCGGAGGGUGGCACUGAUGGUACGGCAAGAACCCCCACUCCCACCCCUCCGUCUGGCGAUGGCAGCGAAAACGUCUCCCCUCGACAUUCUGAGGGUGAAGCGGCACAGGCUGAGCCACAAGCCUCGAACUCACCACCACCUGAGAACGCUCCCAGCAGCACAUCUGGAGGUCGAGAGGAUGGGCCAGUUCGUGCCGAACCACAACUCCCUCAUUCCAGCUCACCACCACCUGCCGGCUCACCACCACCUGCCGGCUCACCACCACCAGCCCGCUCACCACCACCUGAAAAUACAAACGACGGACGGAGGAGUCCUUCCCACGACGCAACCGUUGAGCACAACACGACACUUCGGGCUUCACAGGGCCUCCGCCCAGAUUCAUGGCUUCAACAAGCUCUCAAACGUCUACGAGCCACCGAGGGACCUGAUUGGCGUGAAGCGGUAGACCUGUGGGAGGGUAUUGAGAGAAAUCAGCUCGAGAAAGCUCAACCUGAGGGCACCAAGGUACGUGAUUGUAUCCUCAACCUCCAUGAACCCGGCUCACAAACUCGACAGCAACACUUCUCCACUGUGAACCGCCCCCCUCAGAUCGCACGAUGGUUCGCCUAUGGGCAAAACUUUACUACUGAUCCCGACAUCUCUGAUAUAGCACAGUACGAGCAGGAGCUGCUCACCUGGUGGGCGUAUCUUCAGCCGGAAUGGCGUACUUCGACAGACCCCCUACCGCUUCCUUUGUAUCACACGCCGGAGGGCCAGAAUUGGAGUGUCCUCAAGGUUACAGGGUCUAACGGACUCCUGAUCGUCAUGAUGGCUUUCGCGUGGUGGGGUAAGGCCGUCGGCCUGUCUCCCUUAUGGCUUACUGCCACAGCCGACUUGAAGCACACCUUGAAGGCCCUAGCAAACCUCUGCGAGGAGACGGGUUCUGUACCCCAGCGUUCAACUAUCAAGGAGCGCAGAGGUGCUGGCACUAACAUUGGAAAAGAAAACUCCACCUUGGCCGGCCGACGCCGCAAACAAGCAGAGGCUGCCCCUCUUGCUCGUGUCUCUAGCAAGCGCCGCAAACAAGCAGACCCUCCGACUGUCCCUCCCACUCGCGUCACACGUAGCUCCGCUGCGUGUGCUUCCAACAGUCGUCGCUAG